AUGGCUCCAGGAUGUGGCGGAAACAUACACGAUGAAAAAAUAGUAAUGGAGCUGGAUGAAGUGGAGACUAGAAGGCUGGAGCUUCAGGAGUCCAGAAGAAGGGUAGAAAACAAGAGAAAGACAGAGUCUGAUGAGGACAGAGAGGAUGAUGAGGUGAUGUCUGAAUCUCCUUGUGACUCUGUUCACUCCAUGCACGAAACUCCCAGUAAAGCCACAAAGUGGGAAAAUGGCUGUGACGCUCUGAGUCUAAUAAAAGAAGCGGUUGUGGUUUUGACCCGGCUGCCAGAAUAUAAGAUUAGCGCCCUGCGACCACCCACUCCUCCGCAGUUCUACAGCGAGGACGAAUCCCUCAGCAGCUCGGACUCCGAUAUGCCGUGGGAAUCGGAGGAGGAUUCCAGCGACUCGGACUUUUCAAUCUUAAACAAAAGUUCAAAAUCCACCACAAGAACGCCAGCGGUACCUACAACCAGCAACAACAGCAAUGAGGAUGGGCGCUUAAAGUACAAAGUUAGCUUCGAGGAAAAGGGCAAGUGUCUUGUGUCUGGACACCACAUUGCCUUCGACACCAGGCCGAAGGUGGAGCAGCUGUACGUCGGCGCCCGCGUGGUGGUCCGCUGUCAGAACAACAAGUUCCGAUUUCGGCCCGGUAUCCUGGCCGAGCUCCCCAGCAGAAAGAAUCAGUUCAGGUUCUUGGUGUUCAUGGAUGAUCACACACCGGUCUACGUUGGCUUACCCUUAUUUCACCUGGUUUGUAGACCGCUGGAUGAUGUUUUAGAUGACCUUCCAGACGGGCCUCACAAAUGCUUCAUGAAACAGUACCUGAAGGAUUGGCCAUAUCCUCGUCUGAACAAGUACAGGCCCGGGCAGAGUUUUAACGUGGAAUUAAACGGAGCUCAGCAGAGGUGUGAGGUGCUGGUGGUCGACUGCAGCUUGAUACAGAUCGUUUUUCAGGAAAAUCAGCGCAGGGAGUGGAUCUUCAGAGGCUCCAUGCGACUGGAACACAUUGCUAGAUUUUUGGAACUGAAAGAGAGGGAAGAGGCCAAGGAUGACUCUGAGUCUGUGGCAGCAUGUGAGGAAAAUGUGAGGGAGCUGUACUCGUUGCUGGGCUGGGAGUACAGCGACUCAGAUUCUGAAGAGGAAUCCACAGGUGGUGUAACUCCUGGGAGCAACCACGCUGACACGGCCAAGACUGUUCAAAGACUGACACCGGGAGAGAUCAGCAUUAACAUGAGCGUCCUGGCAAAAUACGGCAAACUUGAUUGGAAACGAGGGACAAUUAAAGAAAUUAUAACAAAAGAUGAUGGCAGGCUGAAAUACAAAGUUGUUUUUGAGGAGAGGGGGAAGUGCCUGGUGUCCGGUCACCACAUUGCCUUUACCUGCAUGCCAAAGGUGGGUCAGCUGUUUGUUGGCGCUCGUGUUGUGAUACAGAAGCCACCUGGUAAUCCAGUGUUCACGCCUGGUGUCAUCGCAGAGCUUCCUUCCCGAUCAAACCGCAUGAGGAUCAUCACAAUCAACAGAUUGAAGGAAUGAGAAGGAACGAUGAAUGAGUUAUAAGAGAGCAAGAGGAAUGUUUUGAAGUGGUGCACCAGUAUCAGUAGCUUACAAGUGUACUGUUUGCUGGGCCUGUACAGGUUUCUUCAUGCAAUGUUCGACUUACUUUUGUUACCCAUUAAAACGUGGCCUUUUUCUGGCCAAACCAGACCAUGUCGUUCACACUUGCAUACUCCUAGUUGCAAGUGUGAUUUCAUAUUUUCCAAAGGGCCAAGUUACCUCAUCCAGCAGCCAUUUUUUAUCUGCAGUUCUAAAUGCAUAUUAUGCAAUAUCAUGGUAUUGUUAAUUAUUUUGGAAAAUGUGUGUUUGGUCCGAUGUGUGCAAUAUCAGUUGCAAUUUCAACCGUAGUUGAUGCAAAAUACAUUUCAUAUGUUGAUGAAGGUUAUAUUUAACUAAAAACUGAAUUGUCUUUAAACCAUGCAAAUAAAUAUUUAGUCUAUAAAUGCCUUAACUUUUUUUUUUAAAUAAAGAAGUGUACAUUUUCUUCAAGCAUCUAAGUUGUAUUUUAUGAUUAAGAGGAAACCAUCUAUUAUAAAUAUGUGGGAAUGUUUUACAUUUGUUUGCCAUGGGAAAAUGCAAAUAAAA